UAACAAUUUUAAGUGUAACAAAAAACCUAAACAGCACAAUUCCGCAGGUAGUGGGUAUUCGUAUGGGUCAAGUGUAUAGACUAUCACACGUUUGUUAGUUGUUCUCCGAAACAUCAUCUUCGAGACGGGUGACAUUAUCGUGCAAAGAUAAGAUUGCAUUAAAAUGGUUAUUGAAAAUAUUUCAUGGGGACGCGUGCCGUCAGUAUGCGAUUGAACAAUUACAGCAAUAGACGCUACCGAGAGUAAAGGCAUGGCAAACAAUAAACUAGGAGAACAAUCUACAACAAGGCAAGAUUCUGUAAAACCUACAGAUAGCCCUGACAUAUCUGCGAAAGAUAUAUUUCAAAGUAUCAAGGGGCUGAAUCUUAACAGCUAUGCAACGCGUAAAUCUAUUGCACAAGGCAUGCUUGACCUUGCACUACUUACUGCAAAUGCAUCACAAUUGAAGUACAUUCUGACCGUGGGAGAAGCACAUCAAUUUUACCACUUCCUACUCGUCCUGAUCAUUGUAUCGAUUUCUCUUCAGAUAUUUCAAGCGCUGCUCAUUAUCGUUCUGGCAGUUGUUUUCGACAUUAAUAAGGUUGAAGAACAGAAACGGUCCGACAUCGUUAACAAUGUGUUGAUCGCAUUCACAGUGAUCAGUGUAGUAGUGAACGUGAUAAUAAGUGCGUUUGAUAUGAAAUCUCAAUCGGAUGUUUUAAAGCAAAGUUAAGUUAAGCAGAUUUUUGUCAGCUAUAGCAGUGCCCUUAACCACUAUUAACAAAAACAAAAAUAAAAAAUAUCUAAUAUACGAUA